AUUGUGCAAAAUUUUAAAUUGCUGCGAAAUUAGUAAUUGAAUUAGAAAAUCGCUUCGAAAUAAUGAAUACUCACACGUUUAGCACCAUGUGCCCUAGCUUAGACGAGUUACUACAUCAUGGGGUAAAAUCCAAAGCAAUUACUUUUAUAAGUGGAGCUCGUCACUCUGGAAAAACGCAGUUCUGCUUACAAUUAGCAUUUGCGCUUCAAUUAGAAGAGGCAACUGAAGCUAAACGGACAUUAUUCUUAUCAGCUCAUAGAUUAUUUCCUAUAGAUCGUCUAAGAGGAAUUUCAAAUGCAGUAUUAAAACAUUUAAAAUCAAAUUUAGAUUCGAUUUCCGAUACUGGUUUAAAAAAGCGCAUUACGGAAUUUAACGUUGCAAGAUCUGCUAAAAAUACGAUUUUUAGUUAUUCAUCGCAUGCGGAUAAUCCUAUUUUGAAUAUGACCCACGCAUUACCCGAAUUAAUUCAAGAAAAAAACAUCAAGUUAAUUAUUCUAGAUAAUAUAGAAGAUGCAAUUUUUAGUGGUUUUUCUGAGAAAGAUGACGAUUUAAUUAACUAUUAUCCUCGAAUAUUGAGUCUCUUACAUAUAAUCGCUUAUACAAACGAUAUAGCUGUUGUUAUUACUUCAACAAGAAAAGAAUUAAACGCUUCACCAGCUCAUCUAAAUCUGACAAUCAAACUUGAAGAACUUUCAAAGUUUCAAGUUAAUUUUUCCCAUGUUCACGGUAAAAUUUUUCGAGCGGUACUUUAUAAAUCACCAUGCCUUCACGCCAUGUCGCCAAAUGAAUGUAAUAAGGACAUCAUGAUUACAAGACGAGGAAUUUAUGAUUUACCGCAGAUACCGCCGAAGAAAGAUGAUGAUUCAGAAACAGCAGAGGAAGCGACUGUAAGUUAAACCUCUGAUCUAUAGCUGGAGGCAAUUUUGGCAUGAAGAAAAUCAACGCCCUUACACGCCCACGCUUU